UACCUAUAAGAUUACGCGGGUGACAAACGUGUGCCGCCAUACUUUUAUUUACCAGUCCUUGAGAUUAUAGGUUUUAUGUUUGAAAAGUUUGAUUAAGAAAUUUUAUGUGAUUUCAGGAGAAUUCCCAAGAUUGAAUGCGUUACGUAAUAUUUCUCCUGCUCGUAAACAAUACGCUAUAGAAAGCUCCUAGUUACGUUAAAGUGCAGCGAUAAAAUACCAAAAUAUUUUCACGGACAUAAGGAUAAGUAAGUGUAAGACAGAAUCGCAGUUAUGAGUAGUGAGGUCCAACUGAAGUACGUCCGGGCCACUGACCCCGAGGGGUGUGCAAGAGAGUUACAGACGAACCAGUGGUAUGACAACCCCUCUUACAGACAAGAGGACACAACGGUACCACCUUCAUGUGAAGAAUCAGACGACUCGAAGAAAAAUGAAUUUCAAAAGGGAAAAACCCAGAUAGCUGUUUCUUCAAGUAAUGCCGACAAAGAAAGUGAAUAUGACAAAACAGACGACUCACGACGUAAUGAAGCGAUAGGUAAAGAUGAUGACGAAGUUGAAGAUGACGAUGAUGAAGAUGACGAUGAUGGCAAUGUUUGUUCCAAAGGUGUAAACCACCUUAAACUAACGCUAUACCACAAAUAUCGACAACACAAACAGCACGUGUGGAUCACGAUUUACGCCAUUUUGUUUUGUCUCUACGUUGCCUAUUUCACGUAUAGCUUGAAGUUCCGUUUCGGGGACGAGGGGUCAUGGCGGCUGGUCGUGUGUUCUGGUUUGGUUUUGCUGUAUGUGGUGUGGCGUGUAUUGGAGGGAGUGUUUGGGGAGAGUGUCACCCUGUCUCAUCACUGGAACAAAAUAGACAAACCGCGGCGUCAGAAGUUACAAUACUGGGGAAGGAUAGUGAUAUCCGUGUUGCUUGCAUUAGGAGCUGUUGUAUUCAUCAUCAUUUUCAUCGCCCGAAAAAACCCUAGAAAUCUCGUCUCCCUGGGAGGCUUAGCUGUUUUCAUAUUUCUGUUCUACGUCUUCUCCCACAAUCCAGCAAAGGUGAACUGGCGUCCAGUAUUUUGGGGAAUUAUUAUUCAGUUCUAUUUCGCCCUGCUGAUCCUCCGAUGGAAUGUGGGGUGCGAAGCAUUUCAGUGGCUGGGGGACAGAAUCACGGAGUUCCUGGCCUACACGAAUCAGGGUGCCAAGUUUGUAUUCGGGGAAAACUACGAAGAUCAUUUCUUCGCAUUUAAAGUUCUUCCUGUUAUUGUUUUCUUCAGUAGUUUUGUCUCUAUUUGCUACUACUUGGGAAUCAUGCAGUUUAUCAUUCGGAACCUCGCAGCCUUUAUCGCUAAUGUUAUGGGGACGUCUCCAGCCGAGUCUAUGAAUGCGGCGGGAAACAUAUUUGUGGGACAGAGUGAGGCUCCAUUGAUGAUUCGGCCGUUCCUAGCUAAAAUGACGAAGUCAGAACUCCAUGCUAUUUGUACGGGAGGAUUUGCUACAGUAGCAGGAAGCACCCUGGGAGGAUAUAUAGCUUAUAAGGUGCCUGCUAACCAUUUGCUUUCCGCGUCCGUCAUGUCAGCUCCCGCUGCACUCGCCAUGGCAAAACUUUUUUAUCCCGAAACGAAGAAAAGUCGAACCGGAAACGAAGUAUACAACAUUCCUUCCGGAGAGGAGCGGAACAUAUUAGAAGCAGCGGCUAAAGGUGCGUCCGAGUCUAUUAAACUGGUGGCUAAUGUUGCAGUGAACCUUGUAGCCUUCAUUGCACUGAUCGAGUUUUUAAAUCAAACCCUUAUCUGGUUCGGUAACAGAGCAGGGAUGGAAAACCCUCACAAAGAACUCACUUUUCAGUUGAUUUGUUCCUAUGUGUUUUACCCGAUUGCUUUUCUGAUGGGCGUCGAUCCACAAGAAAACAAUGUAUUCAAAGUGGCUGAACUGAUUGGGUACAAGACAUUUGUUAACGAAUUUUACGCGUAUGGAAAAUUGUCAGUAUAUAUCAACAAUAGAGAAAACCUCACGUGGUACGAGAACCUGCCAAAAACGAACCCCUCCUUCACCGGUAGGUGGCAUUAUGACGGGGAUGACAUUGUCUACGAAGAUUUUAACCACACACUGGAGAAAGGGCUUUUAACGGAACGGUCCAUCGUAAUAACAACAUAUGCUUUGUGUGGAUUUGCGAACAUAUCAUCAAUUGGAAUAAUGUUGGGGGCACUGGGCGCAAUGGCGCCAAAUCAGAGAUCGGCGCUAGCGCAGGUUGUGGUGAGAGCCAUGAUCGCUGGAACAGUGGCUUGCUUUAUGACAGCGUGCAUAGCAAGUAACUACUUUAUUAUUAUUUUAAAAAAAUCAUUAUGAUAUUCAGACCUAGGAACAAUUUGAAAACAAAUUAUUUUUUAUUCCUACUUAUAAUAGAUAAAAAGAAAAAUUAUUCAAUGACCAUGCAAUAACAGAAUGUGUUUUUAUUUCAAGGUCUGCUAUACCUGCCUGAAGCCUGAUCCCUUUUUAUCUCAGAGGUUGAAUGAAGAACAAAGA